UAAGGGUCCGAGAGAGCGUCCUAGAGCCCGACAUGGCGUGUGGUUUCCGCAGAUCCAUCGCCUCUCAGCUUUCCAAAGUGUUGGAACUUCCACCUGAAAACUUGAUCAAGUCAAUAUCUGCAGUUCCAAUUUCCAAAAAAGAAGAAGUAGCUGAUUUUCAGCUUUCUGUGGAUUCUUUAUUGGAAAACAACAAUGACCAUUCACGACCAGAUAUUCAAGUUCAAGCCGAGAGAUUGGCAGAGAAGCUAAAAUGUGAUACAGUGGUGAGCGAAAUCAGCACUAGUCAAGGGACUGUAAAUUUUAAAAUAAACAGAGAACUGUUAACAAAGACAGUGCUACAACAAGUACUUGAAGAUGGCCCAAAAUACGGAAUAAAAAGUGAACUUUUCUCUGAUCUUCCCCAGAAGAAGAUUGUGGUCGAAUUCAGUUCACCUAAUGUUGCCAAAAAAUUUCAUGUUGGACAUUUGCGUUCUACCAUCAUAGGAAAUUUUAUAGCAAAUCUCAAAGAAGCUUUAGGACAUCAAGUAACAAGAAUAAAUUACCUUGGAGAUUGGGGCAUGCAGUUUGGUCUCCUGGGAACUGGCUUCCAACUAUUUGGCUAUGAAGAAAAACUCCAGUCCAAUCCUUUACAGCAUCUCUUUGAAGUUUAUGUACAAGUUAAUAAAGAAGCAGCAGAUGAUAAAAGUGUAGCAAAAUCAGCACGUGAGUUUUUCCAGCGAUUGGAAAUGGGUGACAUGCAAGCACUUUCACUAUGGCAAAAAUUUCGAGACUUGAGCAUUGAAGAGUACAUUCGAAUUUACAAGCGUUUAGGAAUAUACUUUGAUGAAUAUUCAGGAGAAUCAUUUUAUCGUGAAAAAUCUCAAGAAGUCAUAAAGUUGCUGGACAGUAAAGGACUCCUACAGAAAACAAUGUAUGAUCAGGUUACUAUUCUGUAGUAAAGUUAUUU